CGUAUAAAGAUAUGAUACAGAGAUUGUGCUUGCUCGUAACUACGGGGAGUAGCUCAUUCACUUGUCUCAGAAACCAUAUCCAUGAUUCGUUACACUCUAACUCAACUAUAACAAAUGCAAGUGUAUAUAGACCAUUAUUAACAUCCAUUCCGAUCGCAGUUAAUAAUGUCCCCCGAUAUUUACCGAGUAGGAAUACCCCAUCAAAACACAGAACUGGCCGACAAUAAUUCCACCCAGUAAUGGAAGGACCAAAUUCCCAGAAUAGUAUUUGAAACGUAUUUGUCUGUGUGCUUUGAAUUCUAUAUACCGUUUCAGGCAUUGCAGAGGCAACAACAUCCAUGAAUAAAUUAAGAGUACGAUAAGACUCCUCCCAACUGCCAAAAACAACUUUAAUUGCCUUCCUCCGAGCAUCCCAAACAUUCAUGUAUGACACUUUAAUAUUGAACUUCGAAAAUUUGCCCAAUUAACAAUUUAACUAUACGAUUAAGCGUGGCGCUGGAAGAAUUUAUAAAUAGGCAAAGUCGCUCGUUUGAAAGGCGACUUAGGUGCAAUCCAGAGGACGACGUGGAUAAUUUAAUUAAGUCCAAGUCGUCCGUUUAACGAGCGACUUAUAAGUCGUCCGUUAAACAGGCGACUCAGACUGAAGUCUUAAUUGCCACAUCAUCUGCGACGUCGUCCUCUGGAUUGCAUCUAAGUUGCCUUUCAAACGAGCGACUUUGCCUAUUUAUAAAUUCUUCCAGCACCACGCUUAAUCGUAUAGUUAAAUUGAUAAUUGGGCAAAUUUUUGAAGUUCAAUAUUAAAGUGUCAUAUAUGAAGGCUUGGGAUGCUCGGAGGAAGGCAAUUAAAGUUGUUUUUGGCAGUUGGGAAGAGUCUUAUCGUACUGUUAAUUUAUUCAUAGAUGCUGUUGCCUCUGCAAUGCAUGGAACGGUAUAUAGAAUUCAAAGCACACAGACAAAUGGGUUUCAAAGACUAUUCUGGGCAUUUGGUCAUUCCAUUACUGGGUGGAAUUAUUGUCGGCCAGUUCUGUGUCUUGAUGGGACAUUCCUACUCGGUAAAUAUCGGGGGACAUUAUCAACUGCGAUCGGAAUGGAUGCUAAUAAUGGUCUAUAUCCACUUGCAUUUGCUAUAGUUGAGUCAAAGUGUAACGAAUCAUGGAUAUGAUUUCUGAGACAAGUGAAUGAGCUACUCCCCGUAGUUACGAACAGGCACAAUCUCUGUAUCAUAUCUUUAUACGACGUCGUAGAAAAAAACGUACGACCGGUGAGCCCUCAGGAGAGGGUGGUAGUGAUGCACCACCUCCAACUCAGGUUCAUCCUAACAUUGCUUCGUUACAUGGUACACAUAGAGCAGCACAUCCUGAUGGGGUACAUCUAAUAUUUAUUGAACUUUUUAUGAUUAUACUAAAUAUUUAAGCUAAUUCUUACUAAUUAUAUGUCUUUGUAGGGAACAAUAUUGGAAGUAGCAUCACAUCUUCUAAUGGUUCACGAAUGGCCGGUGAAUUGCCCAAGAUUUAUGGAUGUUUUAAGAAUGGUUGGGCUAGAUUGUGUUAGUCAAAUGAGAUAUUUACGGAUGAACCACCAUUUGUUGACAGCCUUAGUGGAGAGGUGGUCACCACAGAUAAAUAGUUUUCACCUAAUCGUUGACGAGAUGACCAUUACCUUGCAGGAUGUUGCUAUGAUUUUGGGAGUCCAUAUAGAUGGUCCUGCACUGGUAGGUCAUCCUGUUGUUGGAGCUGGGAGACGCUGGCUUAGUUGGCCAGACUGCUGUGAUGACCUGCUUGGGAGCCAUCCACUGGCAGAUGUUGUAUACCGGGACCCAUUCGAUCAUCGCAUCACCUUAAGGUUUCAUAUGGGACAAGCACAUUCACAGACUUGUGUUCCCCUCAGAUGGCUGCGUUGGACAUUUUGGCGUGACUCGUACUUGGACCUGAAUGAUAUGGAUUUUUGGAGGCAUGUUCGGGCUUACAUUUUGUUCAUAUUGGGUUGUCACCUUCUCCCAGAUACUUCAGGUUCAGAGAUACAUUUACAAUACCUGACUAUUAUGGAGGAUUUAGCAGUAUUCAGUACGUACUCUCUUGGAGGAGCAGUUUUAGCCCAUUUGUAUAGAGAGUUGGGAGAAGCAACACGGCCUAGUAGAGCCAACAUAGCGGGAUGCAUCCAUUUGUUACAAAUCUGGGCUUGGGAGCAUCUGCAUGUAGGACGACCACUGCUUCGUGUUCCUUUUCCAGUGGAACUUGGUGGACUAAGUGUUGGGUUCAGGUGGAAUGAGGAUCGUCUCAGAGAAUUGCCGGUCGGAAAUCUCAUUACCUAUAGAGAUGAGCUCGAUGGUUUACUAGAUAGUCAGGUAAUUUGGCAACCAUAUACGCCCGAUAUUCAAGCACAGGUUGCACAGAUUUGUUUGUCAGGGGCGGACAUUUGGACUGCACGAGUGCCUCUGAUCAGUUGGAAGAGGGUUGAGUGGCACUUGCUAAGAGAGUUGUCUAUUGGAAAUAUCAUUAGCUAUAGAGAUGAGCUCGAUGGUUUACUUGAUAGUCAGAUAUCUUCUUGA